GGAAAUCUCCCGCCCUCCGCGACUAUAAGUACUUCUGUCCGAGCUCAUCCGAGUCACAGUUCGUCCAUCACAACGUCUGCGAAUACCAAACACCAGCCAUGAACAUCCAGAUCGUUAUUUUGGCAGGACUGGCAGUUGCGCAGUCAACCGCAUUCCUGCCCGGCUGCGGCUGUGGAGGCUGGACUUUACCAGCUCCCCUUGGAGCAGGCUGGGGAUACCCGAGUGUCCUGGGGGGCAGCUGGGGGUACCCGAGCUACCUGAGCGGACAGUACCCUGCUCUGGUGGGAGGAGUUGGAUCAACUGGAAGCUCCGCCGCUGCGUCCAGUGCCUCUGCCGCCAGCGGACUUGGCUCGGCGUCGUCUUCGUCGUCGGCUUCUGCGGCCUCUGGAUCUUCCGGAACUCCUACUCCCGUCUAUGGGGGCUACGGCGGUCUCUACGGAGGAUAUGGAUACCCUGUGGGUGUUGGAGGCUGUGGAUACCCAGGAUCAGUUGGAGGUUGGGGGUACCCAGGCUCAAUUGGAGGGUGGGGAUACCAAGGAGUUGGCAUCGGUGGUGCUGCUGCCUCUAGCUCUGCUGCCGCUGGUGUUGGGUCUCUGGGAGGUCUUGGAGGAUACGGAGGUCUGAUCGGAGGUUGGGGAUACCCAGGAUCAGUUGGAGGGUGGGGAUACCAAGGAGUUGGCAUCGGUAGUGCUGCUGCCUCUAGCUCUGCUUCCGCAGGUGUUGGGUCUCUGGGAGGUCUUGGAGGAUACGGAGGUCUGAUCGGAGGUUGGGGAUACCCAGGAUCAGUUGGAGGUUGGGGAUACCAAGGAGUUGGCAUCGGUGGUGCUGCUGCCUCUAGCUCUGCUGCCGCAGGUGUUGGGUCUCUGGGAGGUCUUGGAGGAUACGGAGGUCUGAUCGGAGGUUGGGGAUACCCAGGAUCAGUUGGAGGUUGGGGGUACCCGAGCUCAAUUGGAGGGUGGGGAUACCAGGGAGUUGGCAUCGGUGGUGCUGCUGCCUCUAGCUCUGCUGCCGCAGGUGUUGGUUCUCUGGGAGGUCUUGGAGGAUACGGAGGUCUGAUCGGAGGUUGGGGAUACCCAGGAUCAGUUGGAGGUUGGGGAUACCCAGGCUCAAUUGGAGGUUUGGGAUACCAAGGAGUUGGCAUCGGUGGUGCUGCUGCCUCUAGCUCUGCUUCCGCAGGUGUCAGUUCUCUGGGAGGUCUUGGAGGAUAUGGAUACCCUGGACUUACAGGCGGUUGUGGUCUUUGGUAAGCUUAUGGCUACCAGAGUAUCAGCUCAAAUGCUUCUUCUAGCGCAACCGGUGCUAUUAGAUGUUUAAAUGUCUAUAGCAGCUACAUAACUCGAAAGUCACCUUUAAUAUUUUAUUUUUGACAUGUAUAAAAUCAACACAACUGAAAAUUCUUUGUACCUAAUAAUUAGUGUUCAUGUAAAUUACUGUAAAAAAAUUUAAUGUCAGUGUAAUUUAUUUUUAUAACAAUAAAAUAAAUAUACAUUAUUUAAAAAAAA